CAACGGCGCAACCGUACGUGGAUCGUUUCCAUUCCACGCACCCAACCCCCGUCUGCAGACUCUGCACUAGAGUUGCAAGCAAACACGGCUAUAAACACAAGGGUAGUAGCAACCUGCCGCGUGCAAUCCUCCUUCCUCCCAAGGUAGAGAGGAAGAGGUACGCUGAACAUCGCUCCAUCCAUGGCCUCGCCACGCUCCGCCGCCGUGUCCGUGUCCGUGGCUGCCGCCGGCGCCGACGCCGACCAAGCCCGGCUUCACCAGCUGGGAUACAAGCAAGAGCUCAAGCGCGGCCUCUCCGUGGUGUCCAACUUCGCCUUCUCAUUCUCCAUCAUCUCCGUGCUGACGGGGGUCACCUCCACAUACAACACGGGGCUCCGCUACGGCGGUCCGGCGUCCAUGACUCUGGGAUGGCUCGUGGUCGCCUCCUUCAACGCCUGCGUCGCGCUCUCCAUGGCCGAGAUCUGCUCCGCGUACCCGACCUCGGGGGGGCUCUACUACUGGAGCGCCAAGCUCGCCGGCAAGAGAUGGGCGCCUCUUGCCUCCUGGAUCACCGGCUGGUUCAACAUCGUGGGACAGUGGGCCACUUCUACGAGCGUGGACUUCUCGCUGGCGCAGCUUAUCCAGGUGAUGGUCUUGCUGGGCACCGGCGGGGCCAACGGCGGCGGCUACCUGGCCUCCAAGUACGUCGUCUUGGCCAUCUACGCCGCCAUCCUCGUCCUCCAUGGCCUCAUCAACAGCCUCCCCAUCCACUGGCUCUCCUGGUUCGGCCAGCUCGGCGCCUUCUGGAACGCCGCAGGCGUGUUCGUGCUGGUGAUCUUGAUUCCGUCUGUCGCCAAGGAAAGGGCGAGCAGCGAGUUCAUCUUCACCAACUUCAACAAGGACAACGGAACGGGGAUCCAUGGCAACGCUUACAUUCUUGCCGUGGGGUUGUUGAUGAGCCAGUACUCCAUGAUCGGCUACGAUACCUCUGCUCACAUGACCGAAGAAACGAAGAACGCGGACAAGAACGGCCCGAUCGGGAUCAUCACCUCUGUGGUUCUCUCAAACAUCUUCGGUUGGGUUUACCUCGUGGCACUGACAUCGAUAGUGACGGACAUACCGUACCUACUGAGCACCGAGAACGACGCCGGUGGGUAUGCCAUCGCGCAGGCUCUCUACUCUGCCUUCCAACGGAGGUACGGCAGCGGCGCCGGCGGGAUCGCCUGCCUAGGGGUCGUCGCCGUUGCAAUGUUCCUCUGCGGCGUCGCUUGUAUCACCAGCAACUCUAGGAUGGGGUACGCCUUCUCCCGCGACGGGGCCAUGCCCUACUCCCGCUUCUGGCACCAGGUUACAAAGCAUGAGGUACCCUUGAACGUUGUUUGGCUCUCGGUGGUCGUCGCAUUCAUCAUGGCCCUCACAUCGCUGGGGAGCCAGGUGGCAUUCACGGCGAUGGUGUCGAUCGCCACGUUGGGGCUGUACAUCUCCUACGCAUUGCCCAUCUUCUUCCGUGUGACCACGGCACGGACGUCGUUUGUGCCCGGACCGUUCCACCUAGGCAGGUUUGGGGUUCUUGUCGGUUGGGCGGCCGUGCUCUGGGUGGCUUUUGUCACCGUUCUCUUCUCGUUGCCAGUGGCAUACCCGGUCGCCAAGGACACCUUCAACUACACGCCGGUGGCCGUCGGGGGCGUGUUGCUGCUCAGUGUUGCCGCAUGGGUGUUCCAUGCACGGUUCUGGUUCAAAGGACCCAUUGUAAACACGGAAACAUACUAAAAUUUUCUAUCUUGUACACUUCAAUUACUAGUUCUUCGUGUGACUAGAUUUGCUACAGAUUGGUAUUGAUUUCUCUGCUAGAUUUUUUGGGUGCAAUCGAUAUGAUAUUCAAUCUA